AUGUGGAUGAGUUGUGUUGUUGUUGAUGAUGAUGAUGAUGAUGAUAACAUCCGGGGUCUGGCCCCAUCCUUGGAGAUAACCCAUGACCUAAUGAUUAGUCCCAGAACCCAUAUAGCCCAACCACACCCCACACCCAGUUACCACACCCCACACCCAGUUACCACACCCCACACCCAGUUACCACACCCCAACCCCAGUUACCACACCCCACACCCAGUUACCACAUCCCAACCCCAGUUACCACACCCCAACCCUUGUUACCACACCCCACACCCAGUUACCACACCCCACACCCAGUUACCACAACCCAACCCCAGUUACCACACCCCACACCCAGUGUCCACACCCCAACCCCAGUUACCACACCCCACUCCCAGUUACCACACCCCACACCCAGUUACCCCACCCCAACCCCAGUUACCACGCCCCACACCCAGUUACCACAUCCCAACCCCAGUUACCACACCCCACACCCAGUUACCACACCCCCAACCCCAGUUACCACACCCCAACCCCAGUUUGAAGCAAAAUUGCUUGUGA